CUGCCACACCCUCCCGUUUCACGUGCAGCUGUGGGAAGCAGCACUGAAUGCGUGCGGAUCUGUGGAGAGGAGAGCGAGCACGCGCGCGCAGCAUCAGCAACACACACAUACACAAAGAGGUCAGCGCGCGCGUGCUGCGACUUGAAUGGGAGAUAACCGAGUGCCGCGAGACACAAUAAAACAAGCAUAGGAACUGAUCGCACAAGCACCAAGGAGCAGCAACAGAACAUUGUAUAUCAAGGUGCAGAAGGUUGAAUCCAUGUUUCCUAAGGUUUUCCUUCACUGGUGUGCAGCUCUAUCCAGCUGCGCGUCUGAAAUAGAGUGGCGACGGCAGGGCAAAUUUCAGCCAUUCCGCCGUCUGUUUGGGAAGAAGAAAAGGAGGAAAGCACCACGUGGGUUUGAGGGAUCUGAACUGAAAGCUAGCCAUUCCACUGACAAUGUUUGCAAUGGAGUGGUCUCAGUUAACCAGGAGAAUGAUCCAUAUCUAAGUGAGGUAAACACCCUGGAGUCUCGAGCUUUUUCACACGAGAGUGUAUUUAUCCCUGAGGAUUCAGAGAACGCAUAUCCAGGGCAGACAAUGUCCCAGGAGAACGUUUCAGACAAAGUCAAGAACAUUCAGAAACAAAUAGGACACAAUAUCAAGUUUGGUCAGAGACCCCCUUCACAUAGAAAGAGUGAGGGAGAUGAAGGUAGCUCAGAUGAGGAAGAUGUACCACAGAAUCCACUGAGAGUUCUUGCUCAGGUGGAGACUGAGCCACCUGAAACCGAAGCCGAAGAAAAGGCUAUCAGCCAUGAUAUUGGCCCACACAGAACUCCAGUCAAAUCCCCCCGUACUAAGCGCCCACCUCCCCCUGGUACAAUUGAGUCUAUUAAUCUAGACGCUGUACCUCAGUUUGUCCCACGCUUGGACAACACUGCUGCCAAACACAAACUAUCAGUCAAACCGAAGAACCAGAGGGUGUCUCGCAAACACAGAAGAUCGACACAGGAUUUUCAUGAAGUGGAUCUCUCUGAAGUGCAAGAGGAAACAGAAACACAAAAACAUGAAGAAGUAUUUGAUGUGUCAGGAGAAGACUAUAACAUUAUCCACGGAAGCAAAGAAGAUUAUGAGCCUACUGAGAAAUCCAUAAGGAAGCGACUUCAUGAGGAGGAGCUAGAGCGUCUUGAACUUCAGAAAAGGGAAGAAGAGGAAGAGAGAAAGAAGAAAGAACAAUUGAGAAAAAUCGAGGAGCAGAGAUUGGAAGAAGAGAAGCGCCACAAACAAGAACAAAUGCAAAAGGAGGAAGAGGAGAGGAAAGAAAGAGAAGAAAAGGAGACGAAAGCAAGGGAAGAGGAAGAAAAGAGGAAAGCAGAGGAAAGGCUAAGAAUAAGACAGCAGGAAGAAAGAAAGAGGCAAGAGGAAGAGGAAAGGAUUAGAAAACAAGAAGCGGAAAAGAUAAAGAAAGAAGAGGAGGAAAGAACAAGAGCGGAGGAAGAAAGAAGACAGCAAGAAAUCAAGGCACAGCAACUUCGUCUAGAAGAGGAAAGAGAAAGGGAGCAGGAGGAGAGGAGGAGGAAGGAGGAGGUGGCAGAGAAACUUAGAAUUCAGGAGUUAGAGGAGAAACAACAGAGAGAAGAAGAGGAACGGCUUCAUAAGGAAGAAAGAUGUCGACAAGAAAAAGAGGCUGAAGAAGACAAAAAGAGGGAGGAGAAGGAAAUAAAGAAACAUCAAAAAGAAGAGAAAGCAGCCGAGGCACAGACUAAAGCCACUGACCCAGAGUGGAAAAGAAAGGCAGAGGAACUGCGAUGGAGAGAGAUGGAGGAAAGACAGAGACCCUUCACUUUCAAGGUGUCCUCAGGAGAGAAACAAAUACUCUUCCAGAAAGUCAACCUCACCCCUGUUACUCCAGCAACUGGCCAACAUAGUGAGACAACAGCUGAAACCAGUGAGGGAGCCAAAGUCUCUUCUCCAGGAUACACUGAAUCACCAACUCUGUCUUCAUCUCUUUAUGUCCCUCACACUGCUAUUCUUGUGACAGGAGCCCAGCUUUGUGGAACUGCAGUCAAUCUUGAUCAGAUCAAGGAUACAGCCUGCAAAUCCCUUCUUGGUCUUUCUGAGGCGAAAAAAGCAACAGGCACUCCACCAACCAAGAGCAAAACAUCUCCAGAUCGUCAAUCUGGAAAAACCAAAUCUUUAUUCGAGUCUUCCUUAUCUGCAGACCAAUCCAGUGCUGCUGUACUGGCAGAAUGGGCAAGUAUCCGAUCCAAAAUAUUAAAAGGUGCUGAAGAGGGAAAUUAUCCAGAUCAGAGUCGAAAGCAAUCCCAGAGCAGACCAAUAAGUGAGGAUCUAAAUACAGUGCCAUUCUCUCAUACCAGCCUCAGAAAGACAAUGUCAGCCAGUGCUAAGUUUUCCAUUACCCCAGCUAGAAAGAAAUUUGCUGAUUCUAACAGGAGCUCAGAGGUUUUCAGUCCGGAAGAGAAGGAAAGUGGGAAAAUAGAAUCAGUAUCUGCAGAAACUCCUCCUGUUCAAAAGGCAGAGUGGCCUUCUUUAGGGACCAAGAACCAGGGCAAGGGAAGCAAGGUCACCCGCAUAGCAGAUAAUGCUGAAGAAUGUAUGUUUGCCAAAGACCUCCCCUCCUUUCUAGUUCCCAGUCCAUCACGUGACUCUUCUAAAUCACAAAGAUUUGAAACUGGGUCCCCAAGUCAGUCAGAAUCAGAAGAAUCAGAUGCAAAGGAUAAAGGGGAUCAGAAAGAUCAGGGUGUUGAUGAGCGGCCAUCGCCUUUUGGAAUCAAGUUGAGAAGGACCAACUACUCUCUUCGAUUUCAUAAUGAACAAUCUGCAGAGAAGAGGAAGAAAAGGUACAGUGCAGGUGACAGUUUUGAAGGUGUCCCAGUACCUUUAACAUCCACUGAUCAAGACUCUGACACUUCUACACUUUCUGAAAGGUCAAGCCCUGCUACUUCACAACCAGAGACUUCUGGGAUCCAAACUACUUCCGCACCCAGUAAAGAAUCACGAAUCAAGUUUGGCAGAAAUACUCUUCCUUCAACACGAAAUGAAGUGGAUAACUUUGUCCCCAAGCCUAUACUUUACCAAAAACCAGCUACCUCCCCCCAACCCUCUGAAGCCGCCACACCUCCACCCUCUCCAUUUUUAAAACCUGGCAAGCGCACUUCAGGGGAUAUGGUUUCCCAAACAAAAGAGGAGAUAAAACAGGUAGUUACUGAGCAAAGCAGUGACCACAAGGAUGAUACUUCAGCAUCUGUAUCAUCUCAGAGACAUGGACCAGGAGAGGAUGAGCUUAAAGAGAAGAAGUCCUUUUUUCCAUCUAUCAGCAUCCCAUGGAGAGAAAAGACAGAUCGCAGGACUGAACUCAUUAAAAGAGAAAAACCCUCUUUGCAGGCCAGGCACUCCCUUGACAGCACACGGACACAUGAGAAGGAGACAGGACCAUUGUGGAUCACUCUGGCACUGCAAAAACAGAAAGGCUUCAGGGAACAACAACAGAGCCGAGAGGAAAGAAAGAGCCAGAGAGAAGCUAAGCUGGCUGAGAAACUGGCUAAGGAAAGCGCUGGAACCGUUAGUCCGACAGAGGAUAAAGGAAAUGAAAAUUCCAGCCACCCAAAGCCUCAAACAGCACUUGAACAUAAGAGACCAGACACACUCCUGACCCGCUUUGAACGUCGUGACAACUUGAAGAAAGCCAAUACCUUGCCCAGUUCAGUCACAGUUGAAAUAACAGACCCGACACCCUCUCCACCUGCGACCAAGGAUGUGACAAAGCGCUUCCCUCCUGGGGACACUACCCAGGUUUCCACCGAGCCUGCCUGGCUCGCCCUAGCCAAGCGUAAGGCCAAAGCCUGGAGCGACUGCCCACAGAUCAUCAAGUGA